AUAAGAUUUCCCACACAAUUGAGUAUUUCUUAAUAUCAAAACCCUAGCAAAUUCGUUAGUCUCUUUCGAACUCUCUAGUCACUUUAGUCAAUCGCCGAUUUCCAUAAGAUCCGACUCACAGUUGAGGAAAAUGGGGGUCACGUCAUCGUCAUCCAAGGGGAUUGCCGACGAGCUCAAUAUGCGAAGCGACCAAUUCCCGUGGGAGAAAAUUGUCUACACGAAUCUGGAAGACAGGCCGGAGAAACAGAGAAUUUACUUUCGAGCGACUAUGGAAGCUGCUGUAGACGGGCUGUGGAGGGAGCUCGACGCUUUAUUACCGCCGAAAGUGGGAGAGUCAUCAACUGAUCAACCAAAGGAAGGUGAUACAGAGAAGGACGACGAACUACUUGUUGAGCGGUUGUGCGAAUUCAUGAAAGGAGGUGAUUGCAAAGAAUCAUUUAAGACUUUAGAAGAUUGCGUGAAGGAAAGUGGUAGUGUUUUAAAGUGUACUAAACAACUCCCGAUGCUAAUCAAGUGUGUAGAUGCUCACUCUGAUUACUAUAAGCCCAUUAUCGCCCUGGGGGAAUCUACUGUGGAACAGUUGGCCAAGGAUGUCAAAGCCUUCGUCCUCUCGCAAAAGGAACCGGCUGCGAGGGAUGAUUGAGGGGAUUUUGGUAAUUUUUCUGGUUUACGGGAACAUCAGCAUUGGAUUUGGGAAUAAUAUUAGCGGCAUUGU